AUGGCAGGGCUUGCUGAAAGCAAGUUGUGUGACACGUGCCAGGAGGAGCCUGCGUCGGCUGUGCUGGCCUUUGAGGGUGGUGUUCGGUUGCCUCAGUCCCGCAUGACCCAGAUUGCGCAAUCUUUCCCUUCGGCGCUUCUGGUAUGUCCCCCAGUCGAAGAAAUCUUGCAUCACGGGUGCAUUUCAUCUUGCUUGGAUCUCUUCGUUUGGAGAGCACUCCAGACCAGAAAAUGCCGGUGCCUGCAACAGGGGAAGUUUAGUCUCACUUCUCUUGAUAUUGUUCUAGUAGGUCAGAGUUUCGGGUUUGCAAUAGCACGCUGCUUGGCUUUCCGCUUGUGCACCAAUGGCUUUGGUGUUCGGGGCCUCGUGGCAUUGGACUGCCGUUGCAUCGAGCGGACCGUGCUUUCAACUGCAUACGUGAUUCCGCGACAGUUGAGACAAGGUUUGGCUCCCCUAAACUUUCGGUGCAUGGACGAGGCGGUCCACGUUGUAGCACCACAGGUCCCGCGCAUGACGUUGACGGCACGCCACUUCUGCAGUCUUGCCAUGCUGUCUCCGGAGAUGACCCUAGCGUCCGCCACUGCGGCUGCGUCCUGUGUCUUGGACGGAGACCACUGGGAUGUGCCCGUGUCUCAUGCCUGGGACAUUGUCGGAACCUAG